UGGUCCAUAAGCCCCGCCCCCUCGCGCCUCCCGCCCUCCCAUUGGUUGCGGCGCUUCCGGGCGUUGCGUCAUACGGAGCGGAGGCUUUAAAAGGGGCGCGCGGGGGAGGGAGGGGCGGAGUCGGCGGAACGAUGAGAGCGAAGAUGAAGAGAGAAUGUGGAGAGGGAGCGGGAAAGGGACAGACGGGACCGCCCGGGAAGGGAUCCAGGAGAAGGUGUGUCCUCACCGACCACCACACCUGAGAGCAGCCCCGCACUGGCCUGGAGGUGACGAUGGCAGCCGAGGGGCUCCCCCCAACCCCAGGGGGCCCCCCCGGAACUGAGGGGUUCCCCCCCAACCCAGGAGACCCCCCCAGAACCGAGGGGUUCCCCCCCAAUCCGGUGGACCCCCCCAGUGUGAUACCCGGAUGGGAUCUGGAAUCCUGGUACCAAGACCUGGAGGAGGUGCUGGCGGCGGCCGAGCCCCCCCCGGGCUGGGGGGGUGAGCAGUCCUCGCCGUGGGUCGCAGGUUGCUGCGGGCUGGACGCUGCGCUGGCUGCGGAGCUGCAGGAUCCGUCUCACCUUGAGAUCGUGGGGUCCCCCUCAAACGUAGCCCCCCAAAACCUUCGGGAUCCCUCGACGGAGGAUGAAGAGGAUGUGAAGCCGAAGAGGAAGAGGACCGCGGUGAGCAGAGACGCGGCCAAAGGGCGCGAGCGAGCGGCCGAGCAGCGCGUGCUGGAGCUGACGGCGCAGAACGCGCGGCUGCGCGAGGAGAUCGGGCGGCUCAGCGCAGAGGUGCAGCGCACGCGGGCGGCGCUCAUCCAACGGAUCGUCUGCCCCACAAGUGUGGGGCGGAAAGGACUCAGCUGCCCCACAAGUAUGGGGGGGAGAGGACUCGGCUGCCCCACGGACAAGGGGAAAAGUGGAGGAAGUUGGGGGUCCUGCGCCCCAUGA